AUGGUUUUUUCACUGAGGAAACAUGGCUUUAAGGAACUUGAUUCAGUGUAUGAAGAGACUAACAUUCACAUUAAACUCCAGAAGAGUAACCACUUUGACAUCUCAGAUGAUUUCAAAAACAAAGAUCCAACGGAAGUUAUCCAGAAUUUAGAUCCGGACAUGAAGAAAAAACUGAAAAUUAUUCAGUUGGAAUAUGAAGUUCUCUUACAGAUGGGAGGUAUUACAGUACCUGAGAAAAUGACUGAUGCUCUUUGGCUUGAGAUGCUUCAGUUCACAACAGCUAAUGCCAGAAAACGUCAUUAUCGCUAUCUCAGAAAAACUGAAGUCAAUUAUUUGGCCAGACAACAAAAGAAGCAGAAACGUAUGCAGGAAAACCAGAAACAGGAAAAUGUUGACUACACAGAAUUGCAAAAAAACACCAUUUGUCUGUUUGUACGAAAAAAAACAAUGAACAAUUUCUACUACUCCCGUUUGGCCCAUUCCAUGUUAUUUGGCCAGCCGAUUGUCUUUGACAUGAAUUUUGAACAUGUCAUGAGACCACAGGAUGUAGUCCGACUAUUUGACCAGUUCCUGUUGUCUCAUGGGUCUAACAAGAUACAUCGGGAUCCAUUUCAUUUUGUGCUUUGUAAUCACCACAAGGACAGCUAUUUUCAGAAGAUAUUUGACAAGAAUUGCCUUAAUCGAAGUCAAGACGAAUAUCUCUUCACUCUCACCAAUCAGAGUUAUUUAGACUUGUAUCCACACAGUGAUCUGGUUUAUUUGACACCUGAUGCCCCACAAGAAUUGACCACUUUUGACCACAAUGCCAUUUACAUUUUGGGUGGAUUGGUUGACAAAGUCAAUGCCAAGCCACUGACUUUGGCCAAAGCUAAAAGAGAAAAAAUAAAAAUGGCUAAACUUCCUUUGGACCGUUACUUAAAAUGGUCAAUAGGAAACAAAAGCUUAACCCUAAACCAAGUGGUAGACAUCAUGUUAGAACUGAAACUCAACAAGAAUUGGCCGGAAGCAUUGGUCCAUGUGCCUCGUCGAAAGGUCACAGAGCACAAGAGAAAAAUUCUAAGACAGUAG